AUGCGUCCAUCAACAUUUCUGGUGUCCUCACUGGCCAUCUUUGGGGCUCACGCUGCUCCGGCCAUCCCCAAGGUCGACCUCAAAAAUGUAGCCAACCCGGCGGCAGCCCUCGAUGCCCUAUCAAAUUACUUCAACCUGAUUGCAUCAAAGGUCCAGACGUCCAAAGUACAGCCCGUUGCGCCGAUAUGCGACAUGUCCAAGGCACAGAUGCCCACCGCCACUGGACUGCCACCUCCAUCUGCAGGCUUGACGCUGCAUCACGUUGCCGUCGGCCGCGGCACCCAGAACUACACGUGCGAUACGAGCAACCCCAGCUCAGCUCCCGUAGCUGUUGGAGCACUGGCCACCCUCUUCAACGUCAGCUGCGUUGCGGCCAUCAACCAAGAUCUGCUGGAAAAGGUCCCUGCCAUGGCCGUCAACUUCAACUUCGACGCCGUCACCUCCACAGGAUCACUCGGCCCCAUGUCGCCUCCUCCCAUCUCGGGCCACCACUUCUUCGUCGACAGCACGACGCCCUUCUUCAACCUCGACACACCCACUCUGAACAUCGGCACAGUGCCCACCUCCAAGAACAACACCGUCGCUGCACCAGCCACGGCCGCAAAGGGACCCUCAGGCUCCAGCGCCGUUCCGUGGUUGAAGCUCCUUGCCAAGGAUGGCGCCACCGGCGGCAUCAAGGAGGUGUACAGACUCGACACGGCUGGAGGCAGCGCGCCAGCGACAUGCCAGGGCCAGCCCGCCACCAUUGAAGUCCAAUACUCAGCAGUAUACUGGUUCUGGGGAAGCAACUAG